AUGCGGCGAAAAGAAGGGACCAGAUUGAAUAUCACUUGUCCUUCAUCAGGGAAAGCAAAUCAACUCCAACCAGUCCAAGUGAGCCCCGCCUCUACGAUGGGAAGACUUCUUGAUAGAUAUGACAUUCCUAUCAAGACAGAAGCAGUCGCCUGCACCGAUCAAGUUCCUUGUCAAAAUGGAGGAAAGCAAAUCAUUACACAGGGCAACUUUGCAGCUUGUGAGUGUCCUUUUGGAAUUAGGACUCGUUACUGCGACUAUAAAUGCAAGUUAUACUAUAGCAACCGUGUAAUUAAAUUUGAGUAUCCCCUGAGGAAGCUUGAAAGCUCUAGAACUCGAAUCGCAUUCACUCACAGCGGCACAGACAUAACCAUCGUUUUAGCAAGUGACAGGACUAAGACACUUAGGAAGCAGAUGGCAUUCGGGGUAUGCGAAAAUGGCCAGUACCUGAGUACGAAAACGGCGUAUGCAAAAACUGAGGAUUUGGUUAGAGUAGAAGAUAAGAAGAUGAUCUGUGAUGGCACUGGUGAAAACCAAUAUUGGAUCGAUUUCAAGGACCUGUUUUACCAGAUGGGCCAUAUUGGUGAUCCCGAUCCCAUUCUGCAGUGGAAAGACUUCCGAAAAUUUCGCAUCAAUUAUGUUGAUAUUAAAUACUGGCCCUACUACGCCUCUUCCUACUCCGGGAAAACUUAUUUGAAAUUCGACGUGCCAUGUAAGGCUUCAUAA